GGGCUGAAAAUAAGUGCCCCGAAGAGCCUGGCAGAAACACUGGACCCUCUCGAGUCUGUGGGCUCGUCAGCCGAAUCAGCACACACAACUUUUACCCGGGCUGUGUUUAUUUCCACGGGCUACUUGGUUUCCGGAGCGAAGUUACACUCCAGAAUUCAGCACUGGCGCUGUCCAGCCUCCGCGCCCCACAAACAGCGCUGUUUCCUCGGCUGCGGAAUAUUUGUUUGACCGGUUUACACCAUAGGUUUACACUCACACUCACACUGACCGACGCGGUUACACACGCGCAACCUUCACUGACGAAAGCAAGCCUUGAAAUGACUGCUGGCAGCGUUUGAGAGGAGCAGAAGAAAGAAAUCCAGUCCCAAGUAGCGGAGCGCCGUCCCAUUUCCUUCAGUCAUGGGUGUGCUGAUGUCCAAGAAGCAGCAGGUGGAGAAGGUGCAGAAAUGCAGUGUGGUGGUGUCAGCAUUUAAAGACGGUCUGAAGGAUCGAGCGGCUCCAGCUGCUGCGGAUCAGACUGAUGAUGUGAUCACUGAAAACGGGGAUGGAUCCGCUGAAGGAGCCCAGCACACUGAUAAAGAGCACCCUGAACUAAAAGACAAGGACAGCAGACCAAAUCAGCAGGCUCCUCCCACAGAGGAGCAAAGGGCCAAUCAGGAGGCUUGGGGCCGUCUCCGUGAUGGAAAGGGGGUGGAGCCUGAGGACUUAAAGAAGGCACAUCAGCUCAUUCCUCCAGCGUUUGUGCGGCCAAAGAGAGACGUCAAUGAUGACCAGCCGGUGGAUGUGAUGCUCGGACAGAGAGAGCAGCCUGUGAACGAUGAGAUGUGUGAGGUGUGUGAAGUUUGGACGGCUGACGAUCUGUUCCCCUGCCGGACGUGUACGCGGGUCUUUCAUGACGGCUGUCUGCGGGAGAUGGGCUACCUGAGCACUGAAGCCCUGCAGGAGAUGAGAGAAACAGCCCACACCACCACCGGCUGGAGCUGCUACUACUGCGAUAAUGUGAACCUGCUGCUCACCGAAGAAGAGAUGUACAGUCUGAUGGAAACCUUCAAGCAGUGCAAGAUCAUUCCAGAGUCGUGUCUGGUGUCAGAUGAACUCCUGCAGUACAGGCACUUUGUGACCAAGCAACUCUUUGAAAGAGACUUGACCGAUGAGGAGGAAGAGGAGGUUCUGGCCCAGUUUGCAGCUCUGGAUCCUGAAAAGAAGGGUCAGAUUGAGUGGUCUGACUUUCUCUACCAUGAGACACUUUCAGUGCUGCAGAAAUUUCGGACUGAGAAUUCACUGGUGCGAAUCCUCACAGCGAAGGAGAGGGACCGGGCUCGGGCUCUAUUCCAGAGUAUAGAUCAGGACAAAGAUGCCAUCAUUACUGCCGGAGAAGCCAGAAAAGCCCAAACCUCAUGGUUUCAAAAGACUAACAAAGAAUCACAGUCCUGCAAUGUCAGACUCAUGGGAUUGUGUUCCCCUUUGUUCAGUAUGGGUAUCAGCCAUGUUGGGCCAAUAUCUGAAAGCAGUCCUGCCAGCUCCAGCAGCGAGAGAAGCAGGGAUAAAGCCAUGGAGAGUGACAACAGACCUGUUACCUGGGACAACUUCCUGAAGGAGAGUGCUAUCUACAUUCUAGCAGCAAGGCCCAACAGUUCAGCCAUGCACAUCCGAUUGCCACUCUAACCACGGCCACACAGCCUAAGACUUCCAGAGGGGCUUCCCGGGUCCAGAUUCACGAGAAAGCGGUGCUGAGGACUUAACCGAGAGUCACACGAAAGUCGAAAGCAAAUGAGUACCCCACCACACUCAAAGACCGUACAAGCCAUUGACGGAUCCUUCCUGUAAUAACACAGUCUAGCAACACAUUGACAAAUCCAAUGCUCUUGAACAAUUGCACAUAUAUCACCACUUCAGAGUUGAGCUUUGACGAGCUUGUAUUUUGUGACCAAGUAACUGUUCCGAUCAGAGAACCUGCUGCGAUUUAAACACUGUCACACAUUAGCAAAAUUACAGCACCCGUAUUUGCAUAGUGUUUUUGAUGUUAAUGUGUCGUACCAUUUUUUGGGAUUGCGGCUCUAGCUGAAUUAGUUUCGGUAUCAAAGUGAAAGGGGUGGUUGAAUCAGUCACCACAAAAUAUGAAUAUACAGUAAACAAAGUGGGCAAUGAAGGUGCCACAAGGGAAUCGUCAUUACAAAAACACCCUAAUGAGGCUUCAGAUGUGAGAUGCUAUAUAUAUAUAUAGAAACUAUAUACAGUCUAUAUACCUAUAUAUUAUACAAAUUAUUGUCUGUGUAUUUAUUCCCAUACCUUCAGGGAUGGAUUAUGGACCAGUACAUGAGCUUCCAGACUGCCUCAAUCUAACACUUUACUGACAGAUGGGAUUUGAAAUGACGAUACAGUCUAUAAUACAAUAAUUUGACUUUUCUUACACUGACAAGAAAGACAUAAUAGAGGUUGUAUUUCUUAGUUUUUUACUUCGUUGUUGAAUUUUUGAGUGAAACAGGUUAUUUCAUCAGAAUGUUUUUAUUUUUUUUUAUUUUUAUGUACUGUAUGAGGAAUGAAUUGUGAAUAUAAUCUUUAUUUUGAAAACCUAGUGAGCUGCCAACUUUAGCUGUGUUUUAAAAGGCCAAAAAGGUUAAAAAAUAUUGCAAUUAAUUGAAAAUAUUUCUGAUUGGGUAUAAUGCAAGAAGAUUGCAGGUUAAAGUCCUUGCUGGGUCAAUUGGCAUUUCUGUGAGGAGUUUGCAUGUUCUCCCUGUGUUUGCGUGGGUGCUCUGGUUUCCCCCGCAGUCCAAAGA